GCAUUCAGUGGAGCUGAAAGGGGUUUUCACUGUGCACCUGCCAAAGAGCUCUCUCUCCUCCCCCCCUCUGCUUGCUUUCUUUUCUCUUUCCUUUCCUUCCUUUCUCUUUUUAAAGGGCAGAUCUGUAAGCGCCGGCAGCGAUCACAGACCUGAGCUCGCUUGCUAGGAAGAACCGCUGCUGAUUUCUCCUGCUAGUUUCUCUCCUCUCCUCUCCUCUCCCUCCUUCCGAGCCCAUCUCCGCCGCGCUGCAGCAGUGCUACCCGGCAGUCCGGAAGCCAACAAGCCCAAGCCCGGGCAGACAAUCCCAGGCAACCCCGCUCGGAUACAGCAGCCACCUGGAUGUGAUCCUAGGUGCCAGACCCCAAGCCAGGGAUGCGAUGGAUGAAGAAGCCGGAUCCAGCCUGAGAAAACCCUUCUCCAGCCAAUGUUUAUAAACAGUCUCGCAGAAGAGAGAGAAAGCAAGACAGAGAGGGAGGGGGGGUCCCACUGCAUCACCGCUCCAUCUCAAAGGAUAGCAAGCAGCGUUUUCAACCCAGCCAGAUCUUGUGGAUGAUUUUUUGUUUUGUUUCGUUUGCCCUUCUUCUCCUGAAACCUUUUUUUUUUUUUUUAAUUAUGAUGCUGAUUGUUUCACAGGUUUGAUGAAUGUGAUGCCUCCCCGGCUAUUUUUUUUUUAGCUCCAUCAGAUGUGCGCGUCUCUUGUUGCAGCCCAAGCCCCCCCUUGCCUCUCGCUCCCACGAGCCCCGUACCACCAGCACCAGAUCCAGGUGUGAACAGAUGGGUUUACAAAUCGGCAUGCCGUCGCCGGGGUUUUCCUAUUGAUUUGAAGCACUCGAUUGCUCCUAUAGCUAUCUAUCUAUCUAUAAUUAUUGUUAGUAUUUUGGCUGAGCUCCACCAUUCAGCCCAGAGACAUGAGGACCUAUGGCUCUUAGACUCUCCCUGGCCGGUGCCGUACUGACUCGAUCGCUUUUUGGUUGCGGUUGAUCCCAAAAGGAAAGAGAGGGGGGAGGGAGGGGAGAAACAAAACAAGAAAACAAAAAGGAGAGGAAGGAUUGACCCUCGAUAAGCUUUUUCUGUGAAAGAGCCCCGUGCAACCCCCCUCCCCCCAGCCUUCCUGAGCCACCUGGACCAUGAAGAUGCUCUUGGUCCGCAAGUUCCGCGUGCUCAUCCUGAUGGUGUUCCUGGUCGCCUGCACCAUGCACAUCAUGAUCGACCUGCUCCCCAAGCUGGAGAAGCGGGCGGCCAAGGCGGGCUGCUCCUGCUCCCACGGCGCCGGCGAGGAGGCGGCGGGCUGGGGCAAGCCGCGGCCGAGGAGCGGCGCGGAGCCGGGCUGGCCGAGCAAGCACACGCUGCGGAUCCUGCAGGACUUCAGCAGCGACCCCGGCUCCAACCUCAGCUCGCACUCGCUGGAGAAGAGCGCGGCCGCCUCGGACAAGGGCGAAGCCUUGAAGCGGCCGGAGCGGGACCGCAGCCGCAAGCAGCUCAUCCGCGACGGGGAGCUCCGCACGCCGGCGCCCGGGCAGGGAGCGGGGCCGGGGCCCGGGCCGGGGCCGGGGCCGGGGCGCUCCCGCCUGGCCGCGCUCUUCGAGCACCCCCUCUACCAGGUGGCCGCGCCGGCGCUGGCGGACGAGGACGUCUUGUUCAAUGUCAACAGCGACAUCCGCUUCAACCCCAAAGCGGCCGAGAACCAGGAGUGGCAAAAUGAAGGUAACGAAGAUGAAGAAUUUUUACCCACCGGAGAAACAUCUGUGGAUUCCUACCCAAAUUGGUUGAAAUUCCACAUUGGUAUUAAUCGGUACGAGCUGUAUUCCAGACAUAAUCCUGCAAUUGAGGCUUUGCUACAAGACCUAGUCUCCCAAAAGAUAACAAGUGUUGCCAUGAAAUCAGGAGGCACACAACUAAAACUGAUCAUGACGUUCCAAAAUUAUGGACAAGCAUUAUUUAAACCAAUGAAGCAAACCAGAGAACAGGAAACUCCACCUGAUUUUUUUUACUUCUCAGACUAUGAAAGGCACAAUGCCGAAAUAGCAGCAUUUCAUUUGGACAGGAUCCUAGAUUUCCGUCGUGUUCCACCCGUUGCUGGCAGACUGGUUAAUAUGACCAAAGAAAUAAGGGAUGUCACUCGUGACAAGAAACUGUGGAGGACAUUUUUCAUCUCACCAGCAAACAACAUCUGCUUCUACGGGGAAUGUUCAUACUACUGCUCAACCGAGCAUGCUCUUUGUGGAAAACCAGAUCAAAUUGAAGGUUCUCUGGCGGCUUUCCUACCUGACCUAUCGUUAGCUAAAAGGAAAACCUGGAGGAAUCCAUGGAGACGUUCCUAUCAUAAACGGAAGAAAGCGGAAUGGGAAGUUGACCCAGAUUACUGCGAAGAAGUUAAGCAAACACCACCCUAUGACAGUGGGACCAGAAUUUUGGACAUAAUGGAUAUGACCAUUUUUGAUUUUCUAAUGGGAAACAUGGAUCGACAUCACUAUGAAACUUUUGAAAAGUUUGGAAAUGAAACAUUUAUUAUCCACUUAGAUAAUGGAAGAGGGUUUGGAAAAUAUUCCCAUGAUGAGCUUUCCAUAUUGGUGCCUUUAAACCAGUGCUGCAGAAUAAGGAAGUCUACCUAUCUGCGAUUACAGUUAUUAGCCAAGGAGGAGUACAAGCUGAGCCAUUUGGUGGAGGAAUCCUUACUAAAAGAUAAAGUAGCACCCAUUCUCUACCAGCCUCACUUAGAGGCAAUGGACAGAAGGCUACGGAUUGUUCUUAAAGCCGUUAGUGACUGUAUAGAAAAAGAUGGUUAUGAUAAUGUGGUUGAAAAUGACUUUGACGCUGAUGUUAACACUAUAACAACUAACAGGUAGUGAAAUCAUAUGACUACAUUUUUACUAGCAAAGUAAAGAAGAUAAAAAAAAAAGUCUUGCAAAAGACUGUGUAUGCCACUUUGUGAAUUCAGUGAAUUCAGAAAUGAGAUAUAAUUGUUCCCAAAGUAGGUAAAGCAUAGACUCUGCGAAGGCUUAGUUAAUUAAGAAAAAUAAGUCUAAUGUGAUGCUUUUAAUUAGUUCCUAAAACAGAUUAUGAAAAGGUUUGGAAAUUGAGAUCACUGGCAGAUGACACUAGUCUCAUGGCAAAACACCUCCUGCCCUUUUUUUGUAUAGGAAGGGGGCCUUUAUUUAAUAUUUUGUAUUUAUAUAUGGCAUAUCUAUGAAAUACCACAGACCUACCUACCAAAUUUAACAAAAGAGGGACAGCAUAGUUUUGUGACUCACACUUUAUUCUUGGUGACAGUUCACUUAGUAUUUUGUGUUAACCCUUUAAGUGUUCUACUUCACUGUACCUAAUUUAAAUUGAAUGCUUUUUUUCAGCUACUCAGCAUUUAAAGGGUUAAGACAUCAUGAACUUUUAAAAGCAAAAAAAAAAAAGUACAGUGAUGAGCUGGAAGGAGAUUUCAAUAAUUGUGCAUUGACAGGAAUACUUGAAAGUUGAUUUUACAAAGUGAUGUAAAAUGACAAGUUGUACUAUUUAUCCAUCCAGAGGUAGCAGCUCUUAUCUUUCUAGAUUAUUGUAGUAGGGCUGCUACUUUUCAACUUUUGCUUUUGAUAGUUUUGUGUAAAUAUAUACAUAUAUGGGUAAAAGCUGCUUUCUGCAGCUCUAGGCUUACUUUUGCAGCAUUUUUGUGGAAUUGUUUGCAACGUGGUAAAAGUGCAAUAAAGAUAUGGCAAAUGUGUA